AUGGCUAAGAAGGCUCCCGCUGAGAACUCCAAGAAGGCUGCUGGUAAUGCCAGAAAGGCCGAAACCGCCAACAAGAAGCGUGCGGAAGAAGACGCUAAGGUGCAAGCCCUGGAAGAAGAAGACUGGUCCAAGGGUAGCAAGAAGGGCAACAAGAAGAGGGAAGAUGAAGCUGAAAAGAAGGCUGAGGCUGCCCGUAAGAAGGCCGAGAGGGAUGCUGCCUUGAAGGAAGAGGAAGACUCCUUGCCAUCCAAGCCAUCGGCCAAGGGCAGAGGUGCCGCCAAGGUUGCCGCCAAGAAGACCGGCAAAAUUGACGAUUUUAUGGAUUUCAGCAAGGUUGGUUCGAUCAGCGCCACCGGUAUUGAAGACGCUUUGGACGCGCUUACCUUGGCCACCACCACCAACGGUGGCUUCAGCGCCAAGGACAUCGACAGACACCCGGAGAGAAGAUACAAGGCCGCGUACGCUGCAUACGAGGAGACCAGAGUCCCAGAGUUGAGAAAGGAGCACCCAGGCUUGAGAUUACAGCAGGUGAAACAAUUGGUGCACAAGGAGUUUGAGAAGUCGCCGGAGAACCCAUUCAACCAGAUCACCGUCGACUACAACACCAAGAGAGAGGAGGUUUCAGAAUUGAAGCAAAAGUUGAAGACUGAAAAGGAAAAGAGGUUUGCCUAG